GGCAAACAGAGCUUGUGCGCCUGCGCAACGUGCAUAGCAACACUCUGUGGCAGCAGAGGAGACGAGGGACCGUUUAUGCGCAUUUUUGGGACGAAAAGAGAUAAAUCCCCUAAAACAGACUCGCAGGAAUCAUGGGGAGUGUGUUCCUGCCGGCGGACGCGGCCCACUCGGUGCUGCACAGGCUGCGCAGGGCAAACUUCUUGCUGGAGGAAAUGAAGCAGGGUAACAUCCAGAGGGAGUGCCGAGAGGAGAUCUGCACAUAUGAGGAGGCCCGCGAGGCCUUCGAGAACGACGAGAAGACGAGACGGUUCUGGGAGGAAUAUGUGCGUGAGAGCAGUCCAAACGGAGGGCUGGAGACGGUGGUUGGAGGCGUCCACUCUCUCUACUUGAUCGUGCCAUUGCUGCUGGUCGUGCUCAUCGUUGUCACCGUCGCCAUCACUGUGUGGCGCUGCCACUCCCGCAAGCGCUCGCAGCGCAGCCCCAGCCUGGGACACUCGCAUCACGACCACGUCCUGUCAGUGGUCUCUAUGGACCAUUGGGGGAGGGACUACCACCAUGGUGACCAUUCAGAACUCAGCGUGCACAGCAGCCCGGCUUAUCCAGGCUCAGAGCUCACAUCAGGGAGAGGAGGCGCUGGAGACCCGCCACCAUCUUAUGAGGAGGCUGUGGGCCAUACAGACGUCCAAAUAGAGACGGAGCCACCGCCACAGUAUGAGGAUAUAGUCAACAACACUAGCUCUAGUGGCCAUGGGAAGUAAACUUGUCUCUCACUACCACCCCAACAAAAGCGCUAACCUACACUAAGACCAUCUGAUAAUUUAGCAGUGUCACUGUUGUGGUAUCACCAGCCUUCCCCGUUCAACACAUACAGAAACACAAUUAACUGUCUGGUCAAUGGACUAAUGCAAUCUUUGCCGGAGCCAGCGCUGUUGAAAUUUGCACUAACCUUUCAUCAAUGAGGUGAAAUAAUAGCAGGAAGGAUAUUGCAAUACCAAUACCAACCAACCUUUGCUGAUUUUUCCUCAAGUUGCAUCUAUGCUGCUGUCACACUGUAGCAAAUAAUUUUACUCAGCAGGCCUAACAAAUGUUGCAUGUGGCGUAAAUAUGUUCUGGUUGCCAUAAUAGAGGACAAAUAUUCUAAAAGUGUAUAUGGGGGUUGGACCAAUGCUUUAAUGAAGGUUAGUGCCAAUGUUUCAGGCUUAAGUGAGCAGAUAUUUUGCACCUAUUUUUAAUACCUUUUACAUUAGACCUCUUUGUUGUCAAAAAAAUAAUUUACUAGGGUUGGGCCCCCGCCCACACAAACACUGAGGAGCAGGUGUGCGGUGGUGCUAAUGGCGUUCUUUGUGUGCUUAAAAAGUAACUGCUGAUUUAUUAACGCUGCGCAGAUUGAUUUUGGAUGUUCAACUGAAGGUGGACAUUAAAGCUGUCACAAGCAAUCCCAAUA